CAAAACAGACAACAUUACAACACUUGUACAAGGCGCCAACCAAAUAGUGGGGCCACCCAAGAAAAUAACUUCCAUAUCCAACGUCUCCUAGAUUGCCACGUGCUGUGAUCCACUCCUCUCUCCACUAUCACGUUAUCUCCAACACCUCAGUAGGAAGAACUCGACGACAAUCCACAGAAACAAGAAGACUCUCUCACUCACUCACUCACUGAGUCAGCCACUGAACCAGAGAAACAAUCAAAGCAAAAACCAUGAAACGCAUAUCGGUUUUCUGUUUGAUCCUCCAUUUUCUGGCGCUGCGAUUCUGUGCAGCGGCGGACCACAACGCCUCCAGCAUCGUCUUCACAACGCUCGGCAGAUUAGAUUACUACUUCGACAUCUUCACCCUCCCGAUUCAGGGGGGCCUACCUUCCGCAGCCACCGAGACCCGAAUCACAGAUGCAAAAUCCGUCAAUUUCAACGGCCACUUCCCCAACCUAACCCGAAUCCAAUCCCAUACCCGACCCGACCCAUCACUCCAGCUCAUCUACGUCACCGAAAGAAACGGCUUUUCCAACAUAUACUACGACGCCGUUUAUCUCACUUCGCUGACGACGAGCGGCGGAAGAAGGUCCGCUCUCGAAGUCUCGGACCGGGUUCAGGUCCCGCUAUUGAGCUUAGAGCAGGGCCAGAAUCGUCUUUCUAUGAAGGACCGGCCGAGCUUGACCGGAGAUUACUUGGUUUACGUCUCGACUCACGAGGACUCGGGCGUACCGAGGACUAGUUCGGCCGCGGUGUACUCGACUCACAUCAACUCGGGCGUGACUCAGAGAUUGACCCCACACGGCAUCGCUGACUUCAGCCCCGCGGUGUCUCCGUCUGGGGUUUGGACCGCGGUGGCUUCGUACGGACCGAAAGGCUGGGACGGGGAGGUGGAGGAGCUCAGUACGGACAUCUACGUCUUUCUGACUAGGGACGGGACUCAGAGAGUCAAGGUGGUCGAACACGGUGGGUGGCCGAGUUGGGUCGAUGAGUCAACCAUUUACUUCCACAGAAGAGGCGAGGAUCAGUGGUGGAGUAUUUACAGGGCUAUUUUGCGGAGAGAGGGACCGAGUUCGACUGAGUCAGUGGUGGUUCAGCGAGUCACGCCGCCGGGUCUCCACGCGUUCACACCCGCCACAUCACCGGGGAACCGCGAGUUCAUCGCCGUGGCCACCAGAAGACCCACCUCGAGCUUUCGCCACGUGGAGCUCUUCGACUUGGUGAGGAACGAGUUCAAGGAGCUGACCCGACUCGUCUCGCCCCAAACCCACCACUUCAACCCGUUCAUAUCGCCCGAUUCGAGUCGGGUCGGGUAUCACAAGUGCAGAGUGAACGGAAACGGAGAAGAAAGCCCCAAGCUUUUUCUUCAGAACAUCGACAGUCGAAUCCCUAACCUGUCGAUCUUGAGAAUUGACGGUUCGUUCCCUUCGUUUUCACCCGCUGGUGAUCUUAUCGCUUACGUGAACUUCCCGGGUGUUUAUGUUGUGAACCUGGACGGUUCGAACCGGCGCCAUGUGUACCCUGGAGCUGCCUUCUCAACAGCGUGGGACCCAGUGCGUAAAGGCGUCUUAUACACUGGGGCUGGACCUGAUUUUGCACCCGAGAGUACUGAGGUUGAUAUCAUCUCCAUCACCGUUGAUGACGUUGACCAAGCGAGCUUUAAGAAGUUGACCACUAAUGGGAAAAAUAAUGCUUUUCCUUCACCCUCUCCCGACGGAAAACGGAUCGUGUUUCGCUCGGGUCUGUCGGGUCAUAAGAACUUGUAUAUCAUGGACGCGGAGGAUGGGGAAAGGAGUGGGCUCCACCGACUAACGGAGGGUAUGUGGACGGACACAAUGUGCAAUUGGUCUCCUGAUGGGGAAUGGAUAGCUUUUGCAUCGGACCGGGACAACCCGGGUAGCGGGAGCUUUGAGUUGUAUGUGAUCCACCCGAAUGGAACCGGGUUGAGGAAAGUGAUUGAAAGUGGAUCAGGCGGUCGCACCAACCACCCUUGGUUCAGCCCGGAUGGGAAAAGCCUAGUUUUUACUUCGGACUAUGGGGCUAUAUCAGCUGAGCCCAUCUCAAACCCACAUCACUAUCAGCCUUACGGUGAGAUCUUCACAAUUAACUUGGACGGUUCUGAUCUUAGGAGGUUGACACAGAAUUGUUACGAGGAUGGGACCCCUGUGUGGAUCCCUCAUUUCAUUAAGCCCACUGAUGUUCAGUGGCCAAUUGAGAGGCCUGGCUGUGAGUUUGAGGACUUGCACUGGCUCAGUAAGAUGGGACCAAGUUAUGGUGUUGGGGCUGCAUCUUGGGUCUUAAACAAGCCUAUAUGUGGUGUGUAAGAUGUAUUGGUUUACUGUACUAGAUGUGCAUAUAUAUCCUGGAUGUACCACGGUAACUUUUCCAUGUAAAAAGUAAAAACUUAUAUAUAAAGCCACAAACUCUAUGUAUUUCUCACCGAUCAUCAUUAGUUUUUGUUCAUGGUGAUUGUGAAA